AUGGAAGAGUUAAACAUUAUCAAGGGGAAGACGGUUGAUAACGAGUCUAGAUGUGUACAUUGGCACUCUCCACUAGAUGUAAUUGCAUUGAAGUUCAAAUGCUGUGAGGCUUACUACUGUUGCUAUACAUGUCAUCAAGAAUUGGUUACUCAUGAAGUUGAACGUUAUACUAUUAAUGGGAAUUGUCAAGAGAAAGUGAUUUUAUGUGGAGUUUGCAAGUAUGCUAUGACGUUUGAUGAGUAUAGAAAUAGUGAAUUCUGUGAUUCAAAGCUUUCCUGUCCAAAAUGUCAUGCACAUUUCAAUCCAGGAUGCAAGCUUCACUAUGACUUAUAUUUCAAAAUUGCUGAAUAA